AUGCCGAACUCUCGUAUAACAAGCUCUGAUUUAUCCGUCUGGCAGUGGAAUGAAGAACAUGGCUGGCGCAAAAGUGAAGCCCGUCUGGAAGAUCUGCGAACAGACAACCCGACACGUCCACCCUCAUUGAUUUCAGAAGAUACCAAAGUAUAUAUUAUAACGACAAGCGCAAAGAAUAUCCGCAGUUCUCGCCAGUUUCAUCAAGUAUUCAUGGAUGCAUUUUGCAUUCCCAAAUUCUGGUGGGCUGAGCAUCUUGGUAAUGCAAACGGCUACUUUGGAUGCGAAGAUACAGAUCAUGUAGGGGGAGCUGGGUUCAACACCUGGGCAUUUUUCGAAGUCAAGCAUAUUGCUAGGGACGCGAAGUAUCACUGGUCUAAAAUAAAGCUCUUUACGCGAUGGCUAGAGUCGACUCAUCAGACCGGCAUUCUGCUAUUCGACCCAACCGAUAACCUCUCGACUCCACUGUUUGAUCCGAAUCUGACAGAACUUGAUGACCCAUUUUGGAUGUACCCCGAUAUAUUAGAACAGGUUGUUCGGUUUCAAGAAGGUUCAGUAUGGGGCAUCCGAGAUCAUGUUCGAGAUGCCGAGAAAGAACAAAGGCCUGCAGACAAAAAGCCCAAGCCCAAUUACAGGCGACUCCAUGACAUCGCUCGGCAUGCAAUUCAUGUUACCGAGUCACUAGAUGUGGCCGUCCAGAACAUUGAGCAUCUCGUUCAACAGCAUGAAAUUUAUAUAAAAAGCAUGCAAGUGGAACCUCAACCUAAAUCCCAUCAACGGAUCUCCCGGCGGUUGGCAUUCUUCCAGAGCUAUAUCGGCAGCAUACGGCACCGGUCUGUAUCAAAUCAGCUACGACUCCAAAACGAAAUUCAGCUGGCAUUCAAUAUUGUCUCCCAGCAUGACACAAGUAUCACUGUUGAUAUUAGCCGUGCUACACGGUCGGACAGCGCUACUAUGAAGACACUCGCAUUUAUUACUACGACAUUCUUACCACCAACAUUCCUCUGUGCAGUGUUCAGUAUGUCAUUCUUCCACUACGACGCAGAGUCGGGCUGGGGAGUUUCGGACAAGCUGUGGAUAUACUGGGUGUGCAUUAUCCCAACAAUUGCUGCAUCGGCCCUUCUCUGGAAUUUUUGGCCCAAACUAUUUCCAGAUCAUUUUUAUAGCGCAUUUCGAGAAGAGGAAAGCAAAGAGCUGCCUACCUUUAUUUGA